GUUACUUACCAUUUUAUGAAUUAUAAAUUCUUCUCAUAUAAAAUAAAUGGUAAAAAUUAAGAAAAAUUAUGACCUAGUAAAAUAAUUCAGAGCUCGGAAUGGCCCAUUAGUAAGUAUUUAAUAAUAAUCCUACGAACUUUUUGCCGAGUUAUCUAUAGUGUGAUUAUCAAACUCCAAAAAGAAAUAUACUUAGAUAUUUUCUAUUAUGUUGAUACCAAUCCUGGGGUAAAAUGUUUGCCCAUUUAAUAUCAUUGACCUUCCUGUAAUGUCAUUUACAGUAUUAUUUUGGUGUAGCGUGUAGGUUUAUAGUAAAGAGUCAAUAUAGUAUUGUUUACCAUAAGUCGUAGUUGAUAUUCUAAACAAACAGACAUUCGCAUUAGAUAGGUACUUAAUAGGUAGUAAGUGUCACAAUAAUAAUAAAAUAUCAAAGUAAUAAGCAGCAGUUGUUGAUAUUUAGAAUAGAGGUGUAUUUUCAUAUAAUAAUGUACCUACUAGGUGAUCUAUUAGGGCGAGUACACUCAUUAUCUCCGAAAGAAUUAACUUUUUCUGGAAUUUAUUUUCCAAUAUAAUAUUAUUUUAUAAUUUAAUUUAUUUUGUAAAUCAUAAAUAAGUGGUGGUUUUACACCUAAAAAUAAGGGUAACAAAAAAUAACAUAAUUAUAAAAUUGUAAAACAGCUUGUUUUUUAAAUGUUCUAGAAAACAAAUUCUGGAAAAAGUUAAUACUAACCACUUAAACGGAUCACCUGGUAUAUGUAUGCAUGUUAUCAUUGAUUAUAAAAUAUACUAGUAUUUUAAAUUAUCCCAGAAGUUCCCAAAGUGGUAUAUAUAAAUCCAAAGAGGAUCGGGGGACAGUUUUCAGGAAAAUUAACCAUAUUAAUAAAUGGGUACACACUGUUUAGUUAUUACUUGUAUAGACAAAUACAUAUUUAUAUGUCUAUACUUAUAUGUUAUAUGUGAUAGAUUAAUCCUGUUCUGAUCUCUGCUUCAUGAUUAUUUUAUAAAUACUUAUAUAAUAUCAUUGAUUAUAAAUACUAGUAUAUUUUAUAAUCAAUAAUAAUAUGCAUACAUAUACCAGGUGAUCCGUUUAAGUGGGUACACUCACAAUGUAUAUAAGUACUUUUAAUAUAAUCAUGAAGCAGAGAUCAGAACAGGAUGAAUCUAUCACAUAUAAUAUAUAAGUAUAGACAUAUAAAUAUAUAUUUGUCUAUACAAGUAAUAACUAAACAUUGUGUACCCAUAUAUUAAUAUGGUUAGUUUUCCGGAUAACUGUCCCCCGAUCCCCCUUGUAUUUAUAUAUACCACUUUGGGAACCUCUGAGUUAAUUUAUAAUUAAGAUAAGAUUAGUUUAACAUAUGUAACUCGUAAUUCGUGAUUGUUGUACAUUUGUACCCAUGAUUGUACAAAAUACAUUUUAUUAUUUUGAAUAAACUAUUUUUAAAGAAUUUUCAUACAUUUCUUUUUCAUAAUUAAUUAUUGUUGGAUAGAUUACGUUUCUAUUUAAAUUUUGUUGAUAAAUGUACAUAUUAGGAUACAGUUAUAGGUCACCAUGUAAAAUUUCACAACUUAUCACCAGUUAGCACUUUAGCUUAUACUUUAUUAUUAAUGUUCACAGAAUUAUAUUCAAAUAAAUAGGUAGGUAUUAUCUGUGUUGUACGGAUGUCUUAAAAUUUGAAGUGGAAAAUAUCACACUUACUUCUUAUUGUAUUUACACAAUACUAACAUCGUAGAUGAAAUAACAAAUUUCUUCAUUUUGUAACGUGUUAUACAAACUGCAGUUAGUGAGUUUAAACAUAUACACAGUUUUUUUUCCACAGUAUAAUCAAUUAAUUAUAUUAAUAGUUUGCUUUACAUUAUAUUAAAGUAGGUAAUUAUAAUGUUAUAACUAAAAAAUAUUAAUAUUAAUUCAAGUAAAAUUUAUUCCUUCCGAUUAAAAUCAGUUGAUUUCAGUAUUUUUAUUUCUAGUUAAUAGAAAUAAAAAUCACAUUAAUUUUUUAUUUGUUUUAUUCAUUAAACUAUUGAUAUAUGGCUGAGAUAAAUGAGAAUUUUUCAUUUUUCCCAGCCUUUCCUAAACUCAGUGUCUUUCAUUGACUUAUCAAACCUAUAUUUUUAUCAAUUAUUUAUUUUCAAUGAUUUUAAUUCUACUAUUCGUGUUUUUAACAAAGGUAAUCAAUUUCAAAAAAAAAAAAAAAUGUAUAUUAAAUUCUCUAAUAAAAAUAAUGCUCAAAUGUAUUGAUAAUGUAUUUAAUUUCUUUAUCUUAAUAUUAUAUUAUUACAAAACAGUAGUAUUAGUUUAUGUAAAAAAUACUUUUACUUUUUCUAUAUGAUAUUAAAAAUAUUAUCUGGCUUGAAAUAAUUGAAUUAUAUUUACUAAUAUAAAAUAAAUUCAUUAAUUUCACUAGUCAUUAUUAUUAUGAUUUUACAUAAUCUUUAUUAACUAGGUUACAAACAUACAUAAUAAUGGCAGUAUACUUAAAUUCAUGCAUAUCCCUUCCAAUUAAUUUGACUGACAAUGAUUUUCAAGACCUCAUACAGAAGAUAAAAGAUUGGACUAUAAUGCAUGGUUAAUUGUAUUUUUUAUUUCAAGUUUUACCUAUUAAUUAACUUGCACAGUUAAAUGAACUUAGCGUAAAUUUAAGAUUAAUUUAUACAUAUUUUGCAGGAGGUGGUAUGAGAUCAAAAACUCAAUUUUCCAAUGAUUCUUUAACUGUGGUACCGUUUACCUUAUUACCGUCAGUUUUUCCACGCGCUGAAUUUCAAAAGGCAAUUGCAAUACAACCAGCAUUAAAUGAACUCACUCAUCGUGUUUCUAAUGAUCAUGAAUUUUUAUUUUCUUGUUUGGAAAAGUAUAACAAAUUUACAUUUUUUAUAAUUUUGUAAGUUUUUAGUAAUCAAUUAUUGAUUGUUUUUAGAACAAUAGAAGUUGAUGAAUUUACACGUAAUUUAUUUAAAUUAUAUGAAACUGUUCGGAAUGAAGGUUUUACACAGGUAUGCUUCUAAAACUCAACUUGCAUGAUUCAUAAUUAUUACCUUUUUAUUAAUCUUUUACUAUUAAGUGUGUAGAAAGAGUUGGUAUCAUAUAUUUAGUAUGUAUAAAAUAUUAAGUAAAAUAAAGGGAAAUAAUGCAUUUAUUAUAAUAUAUUGUAGAGCUAUCUUAUCUUACUUCUUAUAUAAUUAUUCAUAUGUUGCAUAAAUCUUGGGAAUUAAUUAACUGAUUUUGAUGAACUUUUUUUUAUUGACUUCUUUUCAUCACCAGAAUGAUAAGCUGUAUUUUAUCAAUAUCAUUUAAGCAGUUCUCAACAUUUUAAAUUUCAAAACAACAAGAUAAGAUAUUCAAGUAAAUGAAAUAUUAAAAGAUGGGGUGGGUUGAUUUCAUUUCUAAAAUUAUAUACAAAAAAAAAACCAUCUGAUAUUUCCCUGGGUGAAGCAAAGUGAAGAUUUUUUUAUAGUUAUGUAUAGCCAAUACAACCAAUUGGUUUUAUAUUACAAUCAAUUUAUUUAAAUAAUUAUGACAAUUGUGUAUAGUAUUACUAUAGAAACGUUUUUUUUUUUUUUGUAAAGAGAAACUAGCAAAAAUAUUACUCACAAUAGUCCCCGUAUUCAUCUCUGAAUGUUAACCUAUUUGUGCUAAUUUUCAUCAAAGUCUGUUUAAUUAUUUAGCCAUCAAAUUGUAAAAAAUGGACUCACUUUACAUAUUUAGGAUAGAGUAAUCACAUAACUGACUAUUAUUAAUAUUAUUAUUAUUGUUGUUGUUUUUAUUUUAAAUAAUCAUAACUGUUUAAAGCAACGUUUCCCAAACUGUGGUCCGUGGACACCUGGGGGUCCGUAUGUAUACUGAACAGGGCUCACGAAUGUAAAUUAAAAAUACUAUAUACUACGUAUAAAAAUGAAAAUACUGAUGUAUGAAAGGGUAGAUUUUUGUAUUGGGUUCCUCUACAUGUUUUGGAUUGUGCCAGUGAUUCCUAAUAAUAGAAUUUCUGAAUUUAUCACUUUUAAUGCUCUAUUUUAUGCUUGGCGUAUUUAACGCAUAUGUAUUUUAAAACUAUAGGGAAUAGUUUAUACUAUAGUAUAUGAUAGUGGUGGUGAAAUAAUAGUUUUAUGAGUGAAGACACAGUUUUUUUUUAAAUAUGUGGGUGGCUGGGUCAGUAUUAGAUAACAAAGUAUGAAGUUGAAUCAGUUUACUUAAUUGUUUUUUAAAAAAGUUAUAAUACUUUUAUGUAUAAAUAUAUAUACAAAAUAGAGAAGCAUAGAUUUUUUUUUAUCAAUAAAUGAGUUAGUAAGCCAAAUAAUUUUGCCAAACUCACUCAUGAUGUAAGUUUUGUGCCACUACUGGUAAAUAGCUAUAAGGGAAAUAUAUUUUUCUUUUUAACUUAUAAAAUAAUUCAAUGGGUAUAUAUAAAUUAUAAUAAAUGAUUUUAAUUAUCAUUUUGUUGUCUUGAAAUAUUCAAACCUUUUACCUAUAAUAUGACAUUAUUAUUAUGUUAACGUCAAUAACAUGUUUUAUAUUCAUUAAUAUAAUUGCCUACAUAAUAGAAUAUGUAUAAAUUCAAUAAAAAUUAUAAAUACCAAAGUUAAAUUACUGGGGAUACUUACCAUAGUUAUUAGCAUACCAUUGGCACAAAUUGAGUUAGGUCAACGGCUUAUUAUAUUGAUUACAUUAACUAACAACACAACAAUUUAUAAAUAAGAUUCUAAGCUAAGAAGAGUGCUUGUAAACUUAAUUAAUGACAAACUUUAAUAUCAGUUAUUAUUAUUUUCAGUAAAAUCAAAAAAUAGUAAUUUGUUGUAACUCUUUCGAUUUUGGACUCGUAUAAUUAUAUAUAAUGGUUUAAUAAUUUUAAAAACCAAAUGUUUGUUCAUUUUAGAGAGGAAAGAACUUUUAUGUUAAACUUACCUAAGUAGAUACCACCUGAAAAAGUUACUAUUUUAAUAUUAAAAAUGCAUAGAAAUAUUUUUUUAUACUACUCCAUAUCCAAUAAUAGUAAUAAUACCACGUUCAAGAAGCAGUAAAAAAACCAAUUGCCUGUUUCGCUUAAUGUUGCAAACAAUAAUAAACAAAAAAAUUAAUUACAAAAUUAUUUAUAAACUAAUGAUUACACUAUUUUAAAAAAUUAAAAUUCUUUAUAGUAGUAGCUUGAAAGAUGCUAAACGAUUUUUAAAAUUACAUCUGAGGCAUAUAUGGCCAUAUUUAAUAUUAUUUAGGGUAAUUGAAGGUUCUAAUCUCCUUGUCAUAAUCUUUUCAUUAUUUUUGUAUUAAUAAUGUAUAAUGUACUUAUAAACAAUAAGAAACAUAACAUCUCAUACCAUAAACAAAUAUAUCCAGUUACGGCCUUGGGGAUAUAAAUUUGCUUAUCACUAUAAUUUUUCAAGCGCUUGAGCCUGGGAAUGUUGCGCUCAGAUAUCAUGCAGGAAAAGGAAGCAAGCGGUGAUUGCAUCAAACAAGUUGAAAUGAACACAAUUGCUAGCGGAUUCGGUUGGCUUGGUAUCGUUUCCGGGGACAUUCACAGGUCAGGAUUAAACUAAACUCACCUAACUUUCUAUAUAUCUGGACCCAAUUCUUUUUUUCUUUUUUUUUUUUUUUUUUUACUGAUAUCAGACCUCUGUCUUUGUAAAGCCUCGGAUUUGUUGUUCAUGUUCUAUGACUAAUUUGAAAAUUAGUUUUAUAUGAUUCAUGUAAAGAUAAAAUAUUUAAAAUAUGGGUUCAUCAUGAUGUAUUAAAUCUUUAAUUAAUAUUUAUUCUACUUGGCUGGGUAUUUUGUAAUACAACAACACCUAUUAUAAUCAAUAAUUUUUUAAUACAUCUUAUUACUUUAUGCUUAGCUUUAUUAAUUUAUUUUACUUAUCUUUUACAGCUUAAUAUAACAUUAAUUAAUUUAAAAUGUAUAUGGAUCUUGUGGUUUUAUUAUUACAUAAUAUAUAAAUAUUACAUUUAUACUAACAGACUUAAAGGGUAUCUGCUUGCUUUAUAAUAGUUUUUAUUAUAUGUAUAUAUUUGUAGGGUAUGGAUGUAUAUACAAUAUACAUUUACAAUUAACUUAAUAUGUAGGAAUCAAUAUUCCGAAGAAAAAACUGAAGUUUUCAGAAAAUUUGAUUAUAUUAAAAAUUUAAAGUUAAGAACCUUGGUAAAGUAGCAUCAUAUGUUCUUAUCAGAUUCGACCAAAAUCUGCUCAUUUUAGAGCUCCCAGUAUAACCUGUGGUGUACUAUUUAUGUCUAAUUUAAAAAAAAAUAUUUUACCCUGUUUUUCAAUGCAGCCUGCUAUAGACCAACAUGUAAUCAUAGUGCAUAUAGCUGUGUUUUUAAGUCCCUGACUACUUCCACUAAAUUACACAUUAGUAUCAAUUGGCAAUUUCUUCGGCUUAUGGUUUUAGAAAGAUGUUUAUUUUAUUUUUUAUUUUUAUCUGUUGAUAACUUUUCAACCAGAAAUCUUGGUCUGAUUUUUAAGUAUCAUUUUUUCUGAAAGGUAAUCGGACUGGGGAGGUACUUUAAAGAAGUUAUUAUUUGAUUUACCUAGGAGUUUUCUCAACAAAUGGGAAAGUCGAAAAAAAUAUAGAAAAAUUGAGAAAAUCGGUACAAUAUUAAACAAUUAUUAUUUAAGAAAAUAUAUAAUGCCUAUUUAAUUAUAUUCUCAUGAUAUGACAUAUAUUGUUGACAAAGCAUCACUAUUAACUGAACUUCGCCCAGAAUUGGUUUUUUUCCUUAGAAAUAGUUUAUUGUUGUUUAUAGAUAUAUAUUAAAUUCCCUUCUGUACCGAAACCUUUUUAAGUAUAUAUUUUGUGCUGAAAUUAUUUUGUUUUAGCCAUAUGCAUCUAGUUACCUACUGUUUUAUUAAGUUAUUCAUAUAUUCAAAUCUAUAAUAUUAUAAAAGUCAGUAACUAAAUAACGCCAUAUUAUGAAUGAAAUAUAAUUGCUUAUUACCCAAUAUUAUACAUUUUUGGCCAGAGAAAUUCAGGAGCAGGAAAUGGAACAUUUUUUUUUUUCAAUUCAAUUACUGUUUGGUGGAUGAUUACAACUGUUCUUGUUACAACUACGGUAAUAAUGGUUUCUGUGACUGGUUCAAAUGUUUUGGUUUCAUUGAUUAAGAUAUUAUUACAGGGUUUAUUGAUAAUUUGGUACCCAAUACUAAUAUAUCUUUGGGAGCAAGAUAUAAUAUUGUGUAUGGGAUUUUGCAAAAAUACCCGAGAAACCAUAACUUCGAAUAUAAUUUAUUUUUUAAUAUUUUUAAUUAUUAUUAAAAAGUAAUUUUUCAAUGUAAUAAUACUUAUAAUCUAAAUUCAAUUAUUAAAUUACUAACUAUUAACUAAAUUUAAAUAGUCAUUGUGUUAUUGAUAUAAAAAUUGUAUUACUCGCUUAUCUUAUACAGCCAACAAUUGGUCAAUUUUAAUUUCAUUAUUAUUUGUUUAAUACAAUAUAUUUAUAUGGCUUAACAUAUAAGCUGGAAAUCUAGGCUUUGGUGUGGUGUCUAUUAUAAAAACUAAGAUUUAAUAUAAUAGUCAUGAACUCAUAAAUAAUAGUUUCUUAUUUCAACAAAUUAUACAAAUUCCCAGGAACAAUUGAAUUUUUAUAGAAGUAAAUAUGAGAGCGAUUCCCUCGGAUGUUUGGGUAAAGUAAAAAAAAAAAAAAACAAUUUUAUCGUAAUAUUACUAUUCCACUGUAGUAUGUAUUACAAUACUAUUAACAGUGUUUAAUUUAUAAACCUUUGGGGAAAAAAAUGCUUGUUGAAUGGAUGUCAGUAUGCAAUAAAAUAAAAACUAAAUUUCUACGCGGGUUUUACUACCUACCUAUUUCUUCUGUAGAAUGGUACACGUUCUUGUGUAUUGUGUUGAUGUGUGAUGCUUUACAGUCGCGGUGUCUGGGAUUAUUGAGAUCCGACUACUUGUUGGAUGUUUGCAAUUCUACCUCUGUGAAACAAGUGGAAAUGAACACAAUCGCUUCGAGCUUUGCCGGUUUGACUUCAUCAGCCCCAACUCACAGGUAUAUAACACAUCUGCAAUUUUGGUUUAAUGUUUUGAAAUUAUUCUGAGACUGCUAUUUAUAAAAAAAAAUUGUAUUAAAUUGUAAUUAUUUAAGAUAUUACACUGUUGCAUUUACCUAAGUCAAUAAUUAGCAUACUGUUGAUCAGGUAUAGUAUUGUACAGUAUAACACGUAAGACGACUUGAUAAAUUUCCUUCAUAGGUAUCAGGCUGCCAUAAUAGUUAUUACUAUGUUUUGCACAGUGAUUAGCAAGAUAGACUGUGUUUAUUUUCACUAUAUAUUUAUUUCUUCUUAUUAUAUUAUACAUUAUUACAUUUUACACACAUAACUGUUUAUUAUAUGAGAUCGUUGCUCCUACUGGUAUUAUUAUUGACUUUCAAUAUUGUAAAAUAGUUUUAGUAACAAAAUACCUACAAGCAACUGUUUAAAUUUUCUUCAACUGUGAACUAGUAAACUUGAUACAGGACAGAGGUCUACUGUUGGACAUAUUAAAGGCAUAAUAAAUAUUUGAAGUUCAUUUUUUUUUUUUUAUGUGUGCAGAUUUGUCUUGCAACAAAUGGGCCUUUUAGACAAACUUUGUGUGGUAAGUAUUAUUCAUAAUAUUCAAAUAUUUCCUUAGAUUUCUAUACAACUAGGUUUACAAUUUACUUAAUAACUGUUUUAAGUCAAUGUUUAAAAUAAGACAACAAUAAAUGAUUUUAGUUGCCCAAGAAUAAUGCCCUGCAAGGUUUGAGUUCAGCGAUCAUUAAAGCUUGGGAACUAUUCAAUGAAAAAGAGUAUGUUUGAAAUGUUUAUUAUUUAAUUAUUCAUUUCAAUUAUUUUUUUAAAAUAAUUUAAUUAAAUUACUAACUUUCAUCAAUUAUAUUGCAUAGUUACAAUAACAUCAAUUUUAAACCAAUAAAAGUAAUAUUUAAUAGAUAUUUAAUAACAAAAUUGAAAAUAUUUAAAAUAUUUUUUCUGUUAACUUUAUUUUCUUAUACACCAACUAAACAAAAAUUUCUUUCAAAAAGGAUGCUAUUCUUAAAAUUCAAGGUAAGAUAUCACUUAGAAAACAAAAAUCGAAAAAAAAAAUUAAAUAAAUCAUUAUGGUUACAGUUUUCCUAUUUAUGUUUUCCAAUUAUUAUGAAAAUCAUAAAACCAUCUUAGAGGACCAACUAGAUACAAAAAUGGUCUUAUGUCAUUUUUUGAUUGAAAUUAUAUUGUUUGGUAGAAAAGUUAUUUACAGACAAAAAAAUUUUUAUAAAAACACAUAGUAAAACUAAUACAUUCCUCGCUCUGCAUAAAUUCUAAAAAAAACACAGAAUUAAAAGGAUUCAUCAUAAAUUGUUAAUUUUUUUUAAUCUUUAUUUGCUUUUAAAUGGUACCUAUAUAUAUAUAUAUACUAGUACUAGUUGAUAUUGUAAAAAUAACAUAAAUAUAAUUUCUUUAAUCAAGAUGUAGUGAUACUUGAAUUAUAAUUGUAAUAUGUUAAUAGCAUAGGCAUAUAUUAUAUAUCAAUGAUUAAUAGAUGACCUCAUUUUAAAAUAUGGAUUUCAUUAACUAUUUUUCAGUUCGGUUAUUUUGGUUAUUAUUGAAGAUCAAUCAAUGAAUAUUUGUGACCAACGUUUUCAUGAAUUUGAAAUAACUCGGCAAAAGCCAGAGUUACACGUCAUCAGAAAAACUCUUACACAAAUUUCCAACGAAGCAAAUUUAUCAAAUUCAAAAGACUUAAUAGUGUAAUUCAAUAACAUAAUUUAUUAGUACCUUGAACGUUUUACAAAAAUAAUAUUUUUUUAAAGGCAAGGGAAAAAAGUUGCUGUUGUAUACUACAGAGCUGGCUAUUCUCCUGAUCAUUAUCAUGGUGAAGCUGAAUGGUCUGCACGCUUGUUAAUUGAACGCUCUACAGCCAUAAAAUGUCCAAAUAUUCAAUAUCAUUUAGCAGGAACUAAAAAAGUAUAUAUAUUUUAAUUAAAUUUAAAAAAAAAUUAUUAUUUUGAUACCGAGUAAAAAUAAUUUUUUGUCAAAUUAGUUUAUUCAUACAAAUGUAUUAUAUUAUUAUAUGAAACUAAAUUUAUGAAAUCACACACUAAUACAAUAAUGCAUGUAUAUAUAUUGUUGAUAUUUUAAAUGCCAUAUUUUAGGUUCAGCAAGCAUUAGCAACUCCUGGAACACUUGAGCGUUUUGUCAAAGAUGUCAAAAAAGCUGCUGAAAUACGUACAGUUUUCACAGGAUUGUAUGCCCUUGAUUUGGUCAGAAUGAAUUACAUUUAUUUUAAGCCUUUCAUAAAUAAUAUCAUUUUUUUUAUUUCUUUUGUAGGAUGAAAAUGGUGAAAAAGCUGUCAAAAUGGCUUUAGAUGCUCCAGAACGAUUCGUUUUAAAACCACAGCGGGAAGGGGGAGGUAAUAAUUUGUAUGGAGAAGACAUCAGACAUGUAAAUAGUAUUAAACUUAUUUGAGUUAAUAAACAUUUAAAAACAAUAAUUGUAUUACCUAUACAUUAAUUUUUAUAGAAACUUAUGAGUUGCAUGAAUAGCAAAGAACGAUCUGCUUGGAUACUAAUGGAUAAAAUAAAUCCACCCGUUCAACAAAAUUACUUAAUAAGACCAAAUCAAGAUUUCAAGAAAAACUCAACUCUAUAUGAUGUAGUGUCUGAAUUGGGCAUCUUUGGCACUAUAUUAUGGUGGGUGUCAAUAAUCAAAAUAUAAUAUGUAAUUUUCGUUUUUUUUUUUAAAUUAUUUAUUAUUACAGUGAUGGAGAUAAUAUAAUAAUUAAUGAACAAGUGGGACAUAUGAUGCGUACCAAAUUGACAUCGUGUAACGAGGGUGGUGUUCACGCAGGAAAUGGUGUAUUAGACAGCCCAUUCCUUAUAGAUGAUUAUCCUAAAAACAUAAUGUAGUUAAAAGAAUUAUGUAAACAAAAAUUAAAUUUUAUAUUUGAUACAUAAUGAUAUAUAGUCUUAUGUUAUGGUUACCAAUAAAUAUUAUUUAAUUUAAAUACUAUUGGUUGUUAUAAAAUGGAAAAUUGUUCAUUUAAAUGUUAAUAAAAUGCCAAUUGAAGUAGUUUAUUAUUGAUGAUUUAAAAA